CGCGCUGUGUCUCGUGACGUCAAGAUGCCCCUUCUGUUGACAGCCAAGACCGGAAGUGUCGCCAGCAGCCAUCUGGCUCGCAGCCCUUCGGCCCUAUCUCAGGUCAGCACUAGUCAUUUUGUGUUUUAAAAAGAAAAAUAUGUCAAGAUCUAAUCGGACCGCAAACGAUACGGAGGUGCGUCCGCGGGAUGCCUUAAACGCGACGCGAGAACGAAGCGGAUGUCGAUGCCAACAUGAGGCUCCUGUCAGACAAGCGAACAGCGAACAGAACGACUUCAGGGGACGAGAAAGAGUGCACGGUCACUCUGUAGCAGAGCCGCAGCCAGAGGCUCCCUUGGUGGACGACUGCGAGAGGCUGGGCACUCUUUUCGGGGAGCUCAAUAAGUGUUUGAGAGGCAUUGGUUUUACUCAGCUUUACUUCGGGGAGAAGAUCGUGGAGCCCGUGGUCGUGCUGGUGUUUUGGAUGCUGCUCUGGUUCCUCGGUAUCCAAGCCCUCGGCCUCGUGGGAACUCUAUGCAUUAUUAUCAUUUACAUCCAGAAAUAGCAGACGUAAAGGUAGACGAGACAGACGGAGGUUCAUUUGCCACCCACAGCCCGUGCCAGUCAAAGAGAGGAGAGACUCCUUUCUACACCAGAUGAGCUUUGUGAAUGUCAUUUGAAAGUUUUACCCGAUCCGUACGUUUGGGUCUGUGUCAGUUGCCUUUUAAUAUGGAGUGCGUACAAGAGGUGAGUUAAUGAAGUUCAUCGGAGGAUUUGCUUUAACUGCUGAAAUGAUUCCUCUGGUCUGUGUGGACUGUGUGUUAGCUGUGAAAGGUACUCGUGAAAAGCAUGCUUCCCUUCGAUAUUUGCAUUGACAACAUGGGUGCAUAAACAGAAUCUAAUGUACAUAUCAGUUAUACGGUCAUUGCCGUUGUCGAAUGUAUUACUCUUAAUCACCCAGGUGUCAGUCUUGCAUUCUCCACACAAUUGCAC